AUGACUCAACCAAAUCCACCGGGUAAUCAGGCAGACUUGGAUCCUAUUGCUGAUAGCAAAUGCGACAUGAAAAAAACCCAGGACCUCGAUGUUGGGGCGGCAAUUUUCAAUGGAACAAUCCACCCUAUUGAAGUUGAUAGUCAUGAAACUCGAAAGGUUCUUCGAAAAAUUGAUAUGUUUCUACUUCCUAUCCUCGCAUUUACUUACAUGAUCCAGUUCUUGGAUAAGUCUUGUAUUUCAUACGCCGCACUCUGGGGCAUGAAAGAAGAUGCUCAUCUUGUUAAUGAUCAGUAUUCCUGGCUUACGACUAUCUUCUACUUGGGAUAUAUGGCAGGUGAAUUUCCAAUCAAUAUGCUCUUCCAGAAGUUCGACAUCGCGAAGACAUGUGGUAUUUUCAUCAUUCUCUGGGGUGCUACUCUUCUGUGUAUGACUGCCGGCCACAACUUCGCCGGUUUGGCUACAGCGCGUCUGUUCCUUGGUAUAUUGGAAGCUGGCGUGAGUCCUUGCUUUGUUUUAUUGACAACAAUGUUUUACACGAGAUCGGAACAACCCCUACGAACCUCCAUUUGGUUUUCCAUGAACGGUGUUGCAAAUAUUCUCGGUGGACUAAUUGCCUAUGGGAUUGGCCAUUUACAUGCUGCUCUUCCAGCGUGGAAAUUUCCAUUCAUCAUCUUCGGCUCGAUAACCGUUGCUUGGGGUAUUAUCUUCAUACUUGUGACUCCGUCCAACCCGACAAAGGCAAGAUGGCUUUCAGAGAGGGAAAAGGAAGUUGCGGUCUUGCGCGUUGUUGAGAACGAGACGGGUAUUGAUAACAAAACAUUCAAGAUGGAACAAGUGAAAGAGGCCCUGCUUGACCCUAGAUUCUGGUUGAUCAACCUGCAGUGUCUGGCAAACACCAUUCCAAACGUGCGACUCCCUUUCCAUCUCAGCCAACUCGGCCAAGCUAACUCUUCUCAGGGAGCUGUGUCUGCAUUUGCCCCGCUCAUAGUCAAUGGGUUUGGAUUCACUAAAUUUCAGUCUACUUUGCUUGGUAUGCCUUCAGGUGCUUCGCAAGUCCUGGCAUUAUGGAUUUCAGGUUACUUGGCCACCCGCUUUAAGGGCAUCCGGCAUUUCCUAAUGAUCGGAGGACUUUUGGUCGCCCUUCUUGGGGGAGUUUUAAUCUUUGCCCUCCCCGAGUCUAAUCGUGUUGGUCGAUUGAUCGGCUAUUAUCUUCUUGUUGGCUUCAGUGUCACUUUUGUCUUGUCUUUGACUCUAGUGCAGUCUAACGUCGCCGGUCGAACCAAAAAGACCAUGUUUGCAUCCUCAUUCUUUGUCAGUUAUUGUGUCGGCAAUCUCAUUGGACCCCAGCUUUUCUUUUCGAGGGAAGCACCUCGGUAUCAAUCCGGAUUUGCAUCUAUGAUUGUAUGCUUCGUGGUACAAAUCGCUAUAGUCACCGUUAUGUACACAGUCAACGCACGAGAGAACAAAAGACGUGACCUUCUUAACCCAAAUAGCCCCGAAGAGCAACACGAUACCGGGGUAUCCCUCGGCUUAUCUGACAUGACAGAUGUACAAAAUCUCCACUUCCGAUAUGUUCUAUAA